UGUUCUGCAGUUUUGGAUCACCAUGCAUUUUGUUGUUUUUACCGGGGGAGACAGAACCCCAAUGAAAUAAGACGAUACCAAUUGCUCCAUUUACAACACACGGUAUCAAAACGUUGUAACCGUUUUUAGAGUUCGAUAUGGCGGUUCCUCUUUUACUCUCUGCUUUAUUAUUAGUGACAUCAUUAGGAUUUGUCACAAAUGAUGCGAUUGGAAAAUAUGAAUACAAUUAUUCUGUUAAUCGAGAGAAGGUUCAUCAACAGGAGAGAGAUUUCGCGGGUUACCCGACUGAUUACACUGAGGAUGAACAGAUCGUCCAGAAUUACCUGGAGUAUCUUAAAUGGAUGGAAUUUCAGAAGACUAAGGACGACUUUUACCCCGCACGUCCUAUAAAACUCCACCUCUCCGACAUCAAAGCCUCGGAAAUAUACCGUGUUCUGAAGAAGUUUCCAAAGGGAGGCAAUCUUCAUCUUCACCACAACCACGUGGUGAGUAAAUCCACCAUCCUGGACUUCAUUUAUAAAAACCCUUACUUAUUGGACAACUUCUACGUCAGAGAAUCGCCGGAACCUAACAAAUGGCGUUUUAAUUUUUAUCUCAAUCCUCCAACUGGAUGGGUGAAGGUCAAGGACAACCCCAAAUACACGAAGGACGUCAUAAUCGAACACUCCACAUUUCUUGGUGUUAUUGAUGACAAGGCACUUAGUUCACCAACCAUCAGUGGCUUAAGAUGGAAAGAAAUGAAUCCACUCUUUAGCACCUUAGGAUCAGCCAUAGUGAACCAAAUUAACGUUUCCAGGUUUCACAUGGAAGCAAUGUUUCAGUCAGCAAUAGACGAAAAUGUACAGUAUUUUGAGACAAAGUCUCCUGCGUACAAUAAAAUCUAUUUAUUAGAUUCUGAUCCUAGAUUCGCGAAUAAACAUGGCAAGCAUUAUGUAGACAAUGAUCUAGGCGAGGAAGAGCUUCAUAUGGUGGAAGAUGUUUUAAAUCAAUUUCAACAGAAGAACCCAUCAUUUAUUGGAUAUAAACGAAUUGUAAACUCUUACAGACGAACAAGUCUCACUUUAAUGAAGAAAGAUGCAGAGAAAGCACUCACACUUCAUAAGCAAUAUCCUAAUCUUGUUGCUGGAUUUGACAUGGUAGCGCAAGAGGAUCUCGGCUUUUCUCUACUAUUUUACCUCAGAGACUUUGCGGAGUUAGAGGUUCGGAACGAGUCCCUGCCCUACUUUUUCCACACCGCGGAAACUAACUGGCCAGCAGAAUACAUGACGUCGACUCACGUGACAGACCCGGUUGCAACGAUAGAAAAUACGUACGAUGCAAUUCUGUUGGGAGCCAAGAGAGUUGGGCAUGGGAUAGGUUUUCUGAGCCACCCCUUUCUAAUGGAGCAGCUAAAGCAGAAGAAAAUUGCCGUGGAGGCCAAUCCAGUGAGUAACCAAAUGCUGGGAUUUGUUCCCGAUCAGCGCCACCACCCGGCUAUUACGUACAUCCGGUACGGCAUACCCGUUGUUUUAGGGGCAGAUGACCCCGCCACAUUUGGAUACGAUGAAUUCACAGUGGAUUGGUACGAAGCAGUCAUGGGAUGGGAUUUGACGCUUGCUGAUAUGCGCCACCUGGCAACGAAUUCUCUCCAGUAUAGUUCUCUGUUAGACUCCGAGAAACCGGCCGCAAUCACCAAGUGGCAAAACUCCUACAAUCUUUUCUUAACAAACACAAAACAGGAAGCAUGUAGCCUGACUUUCAAUAAAACAAACCCGAUCAUCGAAUCUAUAUUUCCUCAAGAGGGUCCCUUGACCGGCGGAAACAUCGUGAAAGUGUUCGGAAGACAUUUCAAUAUGGCGAUUUGUAGAACUAUCUACUGCCGAUUUGGAACCACGACAACGAAAGGAACGCUGGUGUACGAUCACAGCAUUGAUUGUCCGUCACCCGUCCGAGCCUCCCAUGGACCUCAUCUCGACCCCAUGCACGUGAAGUUCAGCGUAUCUCUGGACAGCGGUUCUACCUUCAUCAUCACGAAUAAAACUUACUCCUUUAUUCACUCUGGUAAUGGAAUACCCAUAUCUGGUGUUGUCGGAUGAUAUUUCCGUUAACAAACAUAGUUUUAAUGCCUUAGUUUUUAUAUAUGGUUAAACGUCUAUUUCUUUUAUUCUUUGUUUGAUUAUUACACCAUACACAUAGUUACUAGUAUAUGAUUUUUAGCUCGUUUUUAAAAAUAAUUAUUGUAGUGUUUAUAAGUUUUAAAAUGUCGAUUUAUAACAGGCUUUGAUCUUCUUCUAAUCCGAAAAAAUUCUGUGUUUAACUUUUUAAAUUACCAUACCACGCGCAUUAUGUACAAUGACUAAUUUUUGUCGUAUAUCUCGUUAGUAUUGUUACCUACACAGAAUACAACAACUGAAAUGCAUUAUACAUGCAUCAGUAUUAGUGAAGGAAAUUAAAAAGCUAUGGAAAUCAAGCUA